UUAAAUUAUUGCAUGUUUAAUGAGUAUUUAUUUUUCUUUUUCAAUAAAUAUAAUUUUAAAUUAAAGUUAAUUAUUUAAAUGACCAAAAAUAAGGCUAAAAAUGGAUUCAGCUGGAAUGUUUAGGGUUAUUGAGGAUGCUAAACAAAAAUUAGUAGUUACUAAUAGUCUAAUUUUUAAAAAAUUGCCGCAAUAAUAUGGCCUUUUAGGCUGAUUGAAUAAAUAUUUUCCCCCAAAUCGAGAUCAUAUGCCGUACACAAAUCCCUUUAGAACCCUAAUUCAGCAAUCUUCUCCUCCUCUGCGAUUUCGUGAUUUUUCCGAUGGAUUUGCUCGGAAAUUACGCCUCCUCGGAUGAAGAGGACAACAAAGAACAACCGCCUCCGCCGUCGCAGCUGGUACCUCCGAUGGAGCCAGCUAAAUCUGUAGCAGAAUCCUCCCCAAAACGCGGUGGAAUCUUCAAUUCUCUCCCGCCGCCCAAAUCAUCCUUCUUCAAUUCACUCCCCCCGCCCAAAUCCCAGUCUUUCCCUAACCCUAAUUCCCAAUCAGGAGCUCAGCAUCGAGAUGAUGGAGGAAUCAUGGCAAAUACAAAACCUAACUCCUCGUCUUCUUCCUUAUUCUCGUCUCUUCCCUGCCCCAAGUCGUCGGCGGCUUCUUCCGCAGCUAAGAAGGUUGUUCAAUUCAAGCCUCCAAUGAUUACGAACCCGUAUUUGCGUAGUCUUGAUGAAGAUGACGACGAUGACGAUGAUAAGGGUGAAGAAGAGAGAAAAAAGAAGACAUCGAGAGAGAAGAUAUCCACCACCUCUGCGAUGUCGUUCCUGUCCAGCAUCCCGGCGCCAAAGCAUUCAGCUACAUUGGGCGUUAUGCCUUCUGCUUCGGGUAUGGGCCGGCGAUCGAUGCUUGACACUAGCUCUCCGGCAACCGAUGUGAGUACUGGAAGUGAUGCUGAUGGGAACCCUAAUCAGUCAAAUGACGCGAAUUACGCUAAUUAUAGUGAUAAUGGCACUGGAAAUGGUGCUGAUUCUAAUCCAGAUUCAGUAAACUAUGGCGUUUAUGAUCAUUCAACUAGUUUAGAUGGUGAAAACUAUGCGUAUUAUGCUGCUUAUGGUGGUGCUUCGACCGAUUCUAGAACAGCUGAAAUUGAUGCCGGUGUAAACCCUAAUUCAGUAUCAUAUGAAGGUGUUGAUUGCUCAUACCCCCAAGGGCAUGUAGAUUACUCGAAUUAUGGUGAAUAUGGUAAUAAUUUGCAGUAUGAGAAUAAUUGGGGAAAUUCGACUGCAUUGCCUGAGGCACAGGGGAGGGUUGAGGAUGCGUUCCAAGUUCUUGGAAAAAGGGGCAGGAAGGAUAUUCCACCAGAGAUAAUUGAGGUGAACCAGGAUGAGUUGAUGAAGAAUCGGCCGAGGGAAGAUCAGGUUAAGAGUACUGGGAUUGCAUUUGGCCCUGCAUAUCAGCCUGCAUCUACCAAAGGCAAGCCGACAAAGUUGCAUAAGCGGAAGCAUCAGAUCGGGUCGUUGUACUUCGAUAUGAGGCAGAAAGAGACAGAGCUCGCGGAGAGGCGUUCGAGAGGGUUCCUCACCAAAGCUCAAACACAAGGAAAAUAUGGAUGGUGAAAUCACAUCCUUAUGUUCUGUUCUGUUCUGAUUAUAUACAGUCACCAGUUUAUUAAUAUGGAUUGGUUGUUUUCCUUUUCACGCUUCUGCCUUAUUGUAUUCAGUCUUCAAAUGUUUAAUAUAACCUUGUUGUAUCGUAUUUGCAUUAAUUAUACAUGAUUUUGGUUUUGAUUUUA